AUGUCUUCCAAUACCUUCGCCAAACGACUAGAGACCCAGGGCAUCCCCCAGUCGCUUUACAGCCCAAUUCCAGUUUCUCAAUUAAAAGAAGAAAAUGAUGCUCUCUCUGUAAUCUCAGAGUUAUGCCAAAUUUACCCUUUCCAUGAGGCAUCGCCACCUUUGCUUCCUGAGUUUUUCAUUUCUCACAUUGUAACUCUAACUUAGUGUCGCAAAAUGAAAAAUCUUGAUGAAGUCGCAGAUGUCGCCUGAAGGUUCAAUUUCACAACUGAAAAAUACAGAAACAAGCCAGGCGAAAUAGGAUUAUUUCACAAAUUUCUUAACGAAAAACUGGACUCAACAAUGUUUUUGUUUUACUUGAAGGCAAGAAAAAUCAUUUUACAAAUAAAAUUAGGAGACAACCCAAGAAACGAUGUUUUUCUGAAAGAGCUGAUGCUGACGACUAGCGAAUGGGUCAGCAUUGCGUCUCGGCUGUUUGCAGAUGCAAUUAAGCCGACUUCUUGUGUCCAGAAAUUGACCAGCAGGCUAUUUGAUGCUGAUUAUACGGUGGAAAUCCCUGCAGAAGCUUUUGUUGACUACUGUAUGCAAGAAUACUAUGAAAUUAAAGGGAAAAAUAAGGAGGCAAAUAAUGGCAAAAAGAAAGAAGCGAUUCCGUUGAAUUCGCUAUUUUAUCGAAGACCGUCAGGACUGAUUGAAUUUCCUAACAAAACAGCUAAACCUAAGCCACCACCAAGAAAAAUCCCUGCUACUCCAGUAGAUUUUGAUAUCAUGAAAUAUGGCAAAAAAUCAAAUUCUGCUAACACCCCACUCCGAACAAAAAAUUUUGUUUACUUAGAGGGGGUUAAUAUGGUAAAAUUGUUUUCUCUGAAAUUUAAAAAAAUCUCAACUCGCAAAAAUUGAAAAGCAAAUAUUUAUUUAAUUUGCAGAAUUAGUUAAAGAUUUCAUCAUACUAAUUAUAACUUAUAUAUCUUUUUUUUCAUAAAAUAUUUUUUGUUUACUCAAGGAAGUUUUUGGGAAAAAAUAGGAUUUUUCCAAUGGUUUUGCUCGCUCACGGGGGAGUAAGAAAACGCAAGCUUUUGAUAAAAAACCAGCCCAAACCAAAAAUAAAACACAGGAAAGCCCUCAGCCAACUUUGCCUGUUUCUGUUUCUUCGUCUCUUGAAAAAUUCCUACCUACUUACUCAAAAGUUAUACCGUUUACGUCAACUACGCCAUUUUUACAUAUUUCGGGCCCGCAGCCUCUGCUUCGACCUGCUUUGCUACACCGGGCAUGCCUCAAAUUGCAGUUCAGGCUUCUUUACUCAUGAAUGAACGACUUCUGUCUUCCUUGACGCCUUGUGGCUACUAAAGACUCCUUCGCUGCUGUAAUAUGAAAGAGGGUAAACUGCAGACCUUUUAUCUUUUCUUGACCUGACUAGCGAACAGAUCUUCCCCUCCUAUUUGCUUACCAGUCUUUGCCAAGAAAGAAUUCUCAUAUAAAACUAAGCCUCAUCGUAAUAAUAAAAUGGAAAGAGAGUCAUGCCGAUCAGCACCAUACAAAUAUCAGCAUUUUAUGACGGUGUCUCUAGAAAAUUCAGUAGUCGUUGACGAAGAGCUACAUAUGGCAACUGUAGUCGAAUCGCCUCCAUCAAAAGAAAAGCCAAUGUAUUAUUCUCUACCAUUACAAAGCCCUCCAUGAACUUCUCCACCCAAACAAGAAAGCAGCAAUUUAGAUGAAAUUAAUGCGUAUAAGCGAGAAAUAGAACAAAUUACUUUAGAAAGAGACCAUAUUAAAGAAGCAUUAGACGAAACCAUUGAAUUUUGUGACACGGUUUCUUAUGAGCACGAUCUUUUAUUAAUACAAAACAAAAAGCUCAAAAAAAUUCUCAGCUUGGUGACUGAUAAAUUGAUUCGGGUUGAUUCUAAGCUUAUAAAAGACAUUGAUUUUGGUGACGUUAUCAAUGAUCCGUGCAAGGAGUUCAAGCCAACUGGAAUUUUAGAUGAAAAACAAGAAAAUGGAAAAAUGAACUUAGCGCCUAAUGAAAUUGAAAUUGAAGAACCUAUUGAUGAGCCUAUGUAUGAGCCUAUUGAGUCUAAAGAAACAAGAGAAGAAACAUAUCCAGAAGAGGAAGAAGAAGAAGAUUAUGGAAAAGGCUAUGAUAUGCCAUUUUCAGACUCUGCAGGCAAAAAUAUAAAAAAGAAAAAUAUUCCUCCAACUCCGAAAUUUACCCUAGGGAAUGAAGAAUUUGAUGACUCAAUUUUUACUUGCAAGCAGGAUCAUAGGCCAAUUCAGUCUGGGUUUUUAAGUAUGAAUAAAGGAGAUUUGAUUAAAAAGAUAUCGGAGCUAGAUGAAUGGUAUUUUGGAGAAAAUAUGAAUUCAGGCUGCAGAGGGUUUUUCACUCCAGAUCUUGUUUCUAAAUAA